GCAGGUCUGACCGGCCCACUGUCUGUACAGGAAGUUCUCACUGUGAUUUACUUCUGUGUUGUCUUUAUUCUGACCUGCUUUUAAUUCCACAGAUAAUUUAUCCCAAAGGAUCCCUGGAGAACGGUCCUAUACUAGAGUUCUGCUCUGCAGGCCUGGCAGAAGAAACACACCCAGCAUGUUCCUGUGAGCAGCCUGUGACAGCUCUUCACAAUGACCCGGGUCAUAUUCCUCAAAGUCUGGGCCUUCGUGAUCUCUGUCCACAUCAUCAGUCAGGUCCACGGAGAGCUGUCAGAGGAGACGACCCGGCUGGUACCUGAGCAGCUGUCGGGCCUGCCGGUUCUGCUGGACCUCACGGUGAAAGAGGGCAGCAGUGUGGUUAUCUGGUGUAAUGUGAGCGAGGUUCUGGAUCACGUCGUGUGGUACAACUCCAAAGGACAGGUUCUGAAAGCAAAUGCGUCAGGUGAGGGUGGGUGGAUGCUGGUAGAGAAAGACAGACUGAACAUCAGCUCUGUUUCAUUCGAGGACAGAGGGCGGUACACCUGUGUAGCCUGGAAUUCUGCCGGUGUCUUCAACUACACUGUGAGUUUGAGGGUGAGCUACACCCACAGCGGCCUGGGCCUCUACUACGUCAUCAUCUGCCUGGUGGCUUUCUCCAUCACCAUGGUCCUCAACAUCACCCGCCUCUGCAUGGUCAGCACCCACCUGCGCAAGACCGAGCGCGCCCUCAACGACUUCUUCCGGGUGGAGGGAGCUGAGAAACUGCAGAAGGCCUUCGAGAUCGCCAAGCGCAUCCCCAUUGUCACCUCCGCCAAAACCCUGGAGCUCGCCAAGGUGACGCAGUGCAAGACAAUGGAGUUCGCGAGGCAGAUGGAGGACCUGGCCCGGAGCAUCCCACUGCCCCCACUUAUCCUCAAUUGCAGGAUGCCGGCGGACGACACGGAGGCCCACCCUGCUGAUGGUGGGGGUCUGGCAGCUCUGGAGCAGAACCAAUCUUCAGUUGUGCAGAGCGACCCGGCGGAGAGGGAACCGCUCUGCAGGAACAGUCUGGACGUCACAGUGUCUGUCCACCAUUUAUCAGAGACUGACCGUCCACCUGCUCAUGCUGAGGAGCCCAGUGUUAACACACACACCUUCGAGAUCGACACUGCUAAUGCUAAUGCUAAUGCUAACACUUAGCAUAGCUAAUGUUUUUUUUUUAAAGGAAAAGUUCAGUUAAUAGGAACAAACAGCCAUCAGUCAACAUGUUGCAAUUGUUGUAGAAAAGAAAAUGAAAGGUGGGCUACUCCCACCUCUCGUCCGGGGUACAACUCCCCUGCGUGUUCGUUUGAUAGAGAGAGUCAGACAGGUGGAGUGAAGUUGAAAGCAAACCAGGUAUUUAUUACAAAGUGCUGAAUAUUCAGGAGAACCCACACAUGAAAGACCGUCUAACAGCCGUCCCAGCAUAAGUUCUGACCCCCCUCUGAUCUGACUCCAUGUUUUAUACCCAAAAUGACGUAAGCCUGUUGAUGAGGC